CAACGAAAUUGUGACAACGACAAGAGUAUAUUUGUGAGCAACACCGGACGAAUUUAGAUUAUUUUCCGUGUUUUGCAAAAUCUAAAUUCGUUGUUUACAUGUUGUACAAAAUGAUCAGUUUACGUGUGUAUGUGUGAUGUUGCGGAUUUAGUCUUAUAUUUCCGUGACACAGUUAAUUAAUGUGCAAUUAUAAUUGGGAUUGUGAAGACAGUAUAUUUCUUGAAAGAUAAACGAAGGCUUCGUACCUAGUGUUUUGGUUGUGACAGCUGUUAUGUGUUGUCAGAAAUGUUGUACCUGAAGGGACAGAAGCAUACAAAAGCUUAUAACAUCAACAUCUUAUCUUUAUUCGACUACAUAGUGCCCUGUUUCUCUGCUCCACCUUGGCCAUCUUUACUUAUGUAACGUUUUAUCUUCGUUUUUAAAUGUAUAAUGUCGCAGAAUGGCCUCCAAGAGACGUUCCAGUCUUCCUUACGUCCAGAGGGGACUAUGGAUCUAUUUAUUGAAACCCUUACAGGAACAGCAUUUGAGAUGACAGUGUCACCUUUUGACACUAUCAUAUCUAUUAAAUCAAAAAUUCAAAGAGUUGAAGGAAUACCUAUAUCACACCAACACUUACUGUAUAAUUUACAAGAACUGGAUGAUUCAUCAUCAUUAAUAGAUCACUCUAUUCAAAAUGGUGCUACACUUAAACUUGUGCUGUCUAUGCGAGGAGGACCCAUUAGCACUAGACGAGUACACACUGGUGAAGAAUUCACUUGGAAAGAAUUACGUGAAUUCAUGGAAAAUGGAAGAGAUGAUGUGCUUGACCAUAUACCACCUGGAUGUCGGGUAACUGUUUUGGUGUUUCGCGAUGGAGAUCAGGUGAAUCUCUUCCGAGUUUUGGAAAAUGAAGAUGGAACAUACUCACCACUCUCUGAAUCUCUUAGUGGUUCAUCAAUACAAAGCCUCUUUGCUGAGGAUGAUCCAGAGGAAUCGGCCAAAAGAAUACAGGAGAAUUCUGUCACGAUGAGUAAGAUGCAAGAGCUGAGAAACCGAAUGGAGGCACUGGCUUUGAGAAGGAAGCCUAAGAAGAAUGCACCUCGCGUCUUGUCAGCAAAGCGGCCACUUCUUCAUUCUCGAAAAGCGACAGUACGAGUAGCAACAAAUCAUCUCUCUUCAGCAGCUGAGCCAAAGGAUCCUUCCCUCACAAAGGCACAGGCUGAGUGUAUACAUCUGCCACCCAUCCGUAAAGCACAGACUACCACUGUCCCUAGCAGGCAACGCGCGAUAUCAAGUAGUUACCUUGGCACCAGCUCAUUCCUAACACAGUCACUGCCCCGUAGAAGUAGAGACACUGAAGGCAAGAUUCCAGGGAAACUUGACAAUAACUCAGUUCUUACACGCCAGCCUCUUCGUACCGCCAGGAAAGAUUCUAAAGAAACCAUAGUACUUCCACGCCGCAUUCCCUCUAUUGCACCCUCUCCCCCUAAACGCCCUGCUGGCCGAAGGAGGUCUCGUCUUACUGCUUCUCAAAUUAUGGAUGCCAAACCUGAAGAAUGUGUAGAAUAUGGGGCCAGUCGCAAUGUGUAUAGAUCAAACCCUCCAGCAGAACCUGCAGAUAGCUCUGAAAGUAACACCAGCAAUAAUAGUAAGGGUUCUGGUAUUCUGUCUACUUCCAAAAUAGCCAUAGUAGAAUCAGAAACAGAUUCUGCUGUAGAUAAAGUGGAACCUGACCUUGCACCUACACCAAAUUCCAUACCUGUCCCCAUACCAUCUACCGAGGCCACAACAUUUGCUAUGUCAUCCAUCACCCGAGAACGAAUGAGUACAUCAGUUGGUAGUGGAGGAAGGUACAGGGUGUCACGUUUCUUAUUGGAGGAAGAUGACCGUCCAAAAACUUCUCCUGACAAACUGACGCAACAGCAGAAAAGGGCACAAGAAAUAUGUGAUCUUUUGAGUGAAACUAAAUGGCAUAGAAGGCGACAGAAAGUCAAUUGUUCAUCCAUCGAAGAACUUUCAUCAGACCUUACUAGAGAGAGAGGCCACUCAUCCCUGUUGUGUACCAGAAAGGACACCACCGAAGCCUCUCCAGAUGAAGGAUUUCCGUUCCAGCAUCCCAUCGGCGAUCUCUCAUUGGUGCGAGCACCCAGAUCGCAGAGAUUUGGACGGAGAAGUCACUUGCUUCCUAUUGCUCCAGAGACAAAAGGUGGUGGACCUUUGAAAACAGAGACUGAAUUUGGACUUUUACCUCAGAGGGGAUCCCGACGCCGGAUUCCAUCUGGCACUUUGCCAGAAAAGUCUGCAGCCGAUAUUCUUCCUUUGAUAGCCCCCAUUACGCACCCACCAGAAGCUCCCUUGAAGAAACCUAUACGUCACCGGUGUGCCCAGUGCCGCAAACGACUGAAUAUCACCAACAUGUACACAUGCCGUUGCGAGAAGCUCUUUUGUUCAGCUCAUCGGUACUCUGAACUUCAUGACUGCACGUUUGAUUAUAAAAGUGAAGGUCGUAAAAUGAUAGAACAGGCAAAUCCUCUAGUCACCGCACCUAAAUUGCCAAAGAUCUAGGCAGCUUUAUGGAGAAAUUUAGUCACAAAUACAGGGAAAUACUGAAUAUCUUUAUAUAUUAUAUACCAUAUUUUGCUUGAUUAUACACAGAUUUGAUAGCAAAACUAUUUGUUCUUGUGUUUUAUGUCGUUAGUGGUGUGAUAUGUUAACACUGUUGACUAAUUGUAUCUGCUUAAUAUACUUUUAUGUUACAUAAAACACACAGUGUGUGUAUGCAAUAUUAUGAUCUUAACAGUUUUAGCAAUCAUACCUCUUACACAUAUGUAAAUUGUUGUGUUAAUAUUUACAUCAAAUUAACAUUAAAUAUCUAAAGCUAUGAUACUUAACCAUUAAUAUAAUUGAAGACUAGAUAACGCACAUAUUUGUGUUCUGAGGUCAGCAACCCUGGUGCAUCCAACACAGAAGAGUUAUUGCAAACACAUUUGUUAAGUACAGUUCUAUUCAGAUUGCCUUCCCUUAUGGGUUCUUGCACUAAUAUUCUUACACUUUGUGAUCCAUAUCAGUAUUACUGUAGUUUUAAUUAAAAGCAUUCUGAACAUAUCUUCAUUGUAUCAUUUGAGUGAUUAUGCCUUCAUGUAUGAGAGAAAACUAGGAAUGUAAACUUAUAAACCAAUGUUGUAGUUUGGACCUUUAUCUUGGUUUAGGUAUCUUUGGAACAUCAUUAAAAGGACUUGUGUGAAUAAAUAGAAGGCACAGAACGGAACUGUACAGAACAGCUUUUUGAAGAUGGUGCUUUCUUCCAGCAGGAGGGUAUAAGAGUGAUACUGCACUUUUGCUGUACCAGUAUACUCUCUUAACAUUUGCUUUCUAUUAAAAGCUAUUAAGUUACAGUAGUAUAAGAAACAGAAGAGGAACCAAGUCACUGUGUUCUAAUCAGUGCUUGAAAACAUGGGACCAAAAUUAAUCUUUUUCAUCUUCUGAAGAACUGUAUUUGGCAUAAGACAAAACAAUUAAUGUCCACCCAGAACGGGGGGUGGGGAAAGGACCAUACUGUUGUGAAAAACAUUAUUUUACAGAAUUCCUUUAAUUGCACAAUUUUUGCAAUGCCAUGUCCAGCAUGACAAAUAACAUAUGAAUUUCAGAUAUGGAACCUACAUUUCUCUUUCUGAUUAACAAAAGGAAAAAACUGAUCACAGAAGAAACUAGUCCUACUGCAUUCAAGCACUGGUUCUAAUAUACCUGAAAGCUCAAUUCGCUAAAUAAGUUUCCUGAACUCAUUAGAUUAUAUAAAAAUAUCUUAGUAAAUAUGUAAAAAUUCUGAUAAAAAAUACUGUUGAAUUAUCAAUAAAAAUGUUCGCAUUACUCAGUUGUCACAAUAUCCUGUUAGUGUACAUGUCCUUACUGAGUGUUUUUGUAAUUUUUCUUAACCCUAAAACAAAUAACAGUUUGUUUUUGUUACUAAUGUUAAACAGCUUCUUCCAUUAAACUUUCAAAUAUAUUCACAAGGUUUUCCAAACCAUCCAAAUAGUUUGUAUCUGGUUCAUCAUUCUGAGUGGGAAAAACAUGAGCAAAAUCAAUCAUUUUCACUGUGGCCCAAAAAUCUCUGCUUCCAGGUCGGUCUGCACUUAUUAAGUCAUCUAACUGAGAUGAAUAAUCUUCUUUCACGCUUUGUAGAUCUUUCUCAUAAUUGUUGAUGAAAGAAUGUGUGCGUCGAAUCUUUUCAAAAGCCACAUGCCAACUGUCCUCGCCAAAACAGCUUGCAGGUUUAUAAGUUGACGGCGUCGUUGGAGUUGAUGGAACAGAGGGUGACAGACUCCCCGCACUGGAUGUUGAGCUUCGAGAUGGAAGUUCAAAGCAUGGGCCUUGUAAAGCCAAAUGAUCAGGACUGAGGGGUCCUCCAUUAAAUGAUCCGGUACUGGCGCUCAGUUUUAGAGUGGACGGUCGUUGGUGAUUCACUCUGAUGGGCAAAUCUGUUCGAAGACAUUGACGGAGUUUUCGGGCAUCGUACACCAACAGAAGCGAACUAGAGUAAAACCGAAAACGGCGUUGACUGCGGUACCAGCACAGUAUACGCCACAGACAGGCCAAAAGCUGCAGCAUGAGCUCCCGGCUAAGGCCAGCCUCAGCAUUGAGGAACAGACGUAAGGCUGGAAGAAAGAGAACAAUAAAUUUAUACAGAUAUAACAAUGGUUGUACUAACUGAAAAUGAAGAGUUGAAUGAAAGGUAAAUUGUAAUUUUAGAAAAGUAAUGCUUGUUUAUAUACUACACAAACUAAAACAAGAGUUCAUUUUCCAAGCUUGACUGAUAUUUUUGGAAGAUUCAUAGCAUCAGAUUUCAUUAAACCUUAACAAUAGGUAGAAAUGGAACUAAAACAGUAUGGAAGGUGAAUUACACAUUAACAUUGGUAGGGUAAGCAUAAUAAACCGAAUUAAAUUCGAUAUUUUUAAGGAGUAAUUUUAUGGGCACAGACAAAUUAAAUCAAAACAAUUAAUGCUUAAGAACAGAGUGUUUUUUUUCUUGACAAAUAAGAAUAGUUAACAAAAAAAAUGUAUAUAAUUAACAAUGAAAUUUAUUUUAUUAGCUCAAAGAUUCAAGAAAAAAUAUUUCUCCAUCUUACCGUCUUUUACAGUAUUUUUAUUCAAACGCUUUCCAUAGUCCUUUCCCAAUUUCAAAACUUUUCCUGUAGCUAUUCUGUAAACUUGGAAUCCAGGGAUGCAGAACCCUAAAUCUCGUUUACAUUCUGCAUACUUUUUCUAUAAACCAACAAUGACAUCACUUCAGUUAGAGGAAAAAUACAUCACAAUAUUGGUUGCAUGAAGCAAGUUCUCGAUCCAAAAAAUUUAUUUGUAAUCAAGUAGUUUGCAGGUCUCUUACAAUAUUUUAUUGGGUAGUGAAAGUAACUUUCUAAUUAGUAUUUCCUGCAAUAUCAGUUUUUAAAAAACUAGUUUGAACAGAGCUACUGUACUGGUAAGUGUAACUGGGUUUAAUUUCUAUUGUCAAUUUUUUUGUUUGCAUUUUGUUAAUAAUUCCGGCACAGAAUAUUUCACAGCAACAUAAUUUAGACAUACUGAGAAAAUGUUUAGAAUUACUUGUUUGUUUACCCAGAAUAUUAUUUUUAAAAAUGUAUGUACAGAAAUAAUAAAGGUCGGUAAUUUGCAAGACCAAGAAGCUGAAUCACAC